GCCAUUUGAGUUAAUCUUUGGUUAUGAACCUCAUAGUAAUUAUGUUCUUCUUGACCAACUUUGGUCUCAAGGAAUUAGAGAUGAAGAAAAUAUUUCUAAUGACGUUCAAAUUGAAGAAUAUUAUGAUGUUCAGUUUGAUAAUGAUAAUGAGGACAAUAUCCAGGUUGAAGAAGAUGAAGACGAUAGCAUAAAUGAGAGUUUAAUAAAAAUUGAAAUGAAAAUUUAUCACAAAACGUGA